GCAGUGAGGGAUCCAUUUAUAUCGGCAGAUAAUGACAGAUCGUCAAGGUAAGAUGUGUUGUUAAUUUUUUUCUGCACCCACCUAACCGGCAGCUAGCUAUGUAUAUUUUGUUAAAAUAAACACUGCCACUCAAACGUAAUUUUGUUGUUUCGGUGCGUAUUAAAACAGCACUUAAAUAUCAUGAAAAGUAUAAAAAUUGAAGACUGGCAAGCUUUUUGUUAUGUUUAAAUUAAUAAUAGAGGAUAUUAGGCGGUGAUUUUUUCUUCGAGUGGUGAGUAAAAAUGUUACGCAUGAGCGCAGAAAAUGAGAAAAAUAUAGUUCUCACCACGACUAGUGCGUCCACGUUUUUUGUGCGCAUGCUCAGCAAGUUACCAGAUGCAUUCAAUGCAAACCCAUUGGAUAAAACUGCUCGCGUAACUUGCCGAGCACCUGCAGUUUAUCAAUUUUUUAUCGUCGGCUUUAAAGAAAGCUGGGUACAGAAUAACAUAAUUUUCGGCAGUGUUUACAACGUGUAGUUCCAACUCUGUAUCUAGAUUUACUCUGUAAUAAUACAUAUAGCAUAUUACACUGUCGCGUGAAGAUAUAUAUGUUAUUUACCGGCUGCGAGGUUCGGAUAGAAAAAUAUUUUUCAGGGAAAUAGGGAAAUAUUUUUCUAUCCGGAAGAACCAAAACGGUAAAUAACGUAUUUAUUUUUUUACAAAAAGCGGCGUUCGGUCGUAUCGUAGUCAGACUCAUAAAAUAUAGGAUUCCGGACAGUGGUCAGAUAUCGUAAAAUUCCACCCCCUGCUACAGCCAAUCAGCUUGCAGGAAAGAUUGCAGGGAAGAUUGCUCAUUACCAUAGCCUGCGUCUUACCGGCGUUCACCGUUAGAUAGUAUCAUAGUUGUCAGAAAACUAACGAUCAAGAAUAUUCACGUCCGUGUUGAUGCGAACUAACAAGCAAACUCACAGGCAGAAUAUAAUGCGGUCCCGAAUUUGGCGUGGGCACCGCAAUUCCACUGUAAUCACCGAAUUAUACAGUAUAGAAAUUUAAAAAAUUGAUAGAUAUAAAUGUAUGAUUACCUACUACAAAUGUGCAAAAAUCGCUAACAAAAGCUAAAACUCGGCAAAUUUCAAGAUCCGACUUCAAGUUCAUAUACGACUUCAAAUUCGAUCGGUCUUCGAAAAUAAAUGUUUAUUUAGUCAUUUGAGUUUACAAAUAGCUUACGUGCAUGUUGAUUUUUAUAGAGUAUUUUACAAAUAUCUGCUGCAAGUACUUUGUGAAAACAGGGGGAAGCAUGAAUCACUACACUUGCUUGGAAUAGAAUCACGGGCAAAUUCCAUAAACCAGAAUUUUCAAUUUCUAGGAAAUAAAUAUUACUUAUUGGUUAUUAAUAAUUCGGUUCUUUUAAUGACUGUUUUCUAGGCAAUUUUUUUUAACCAACCGGCAGCUUGGUAACAACACAACGAUAGUAAACUGCCUCACUGCAAAAUUCCCACCGCUGUGGAUUGCCCAGUCAAAGGACAUGUUUCUGCCGCAGUUUGUAUACAGUCUAUGCAAGGAGUACAUGAAAACUCCAAGUGAGGAAAUAAAAAGUUUCAAACCUGUAGAGAUUGUUGGAAAACAAAAAACUGAUGAUGUAUGGGUUUUUAAUCCACAUGUGCAUGUCGACAAGAAUGGAAGGCUUAUCCCGCAAGACGAAAGAGCAUAUGUUUCGAUGGAAGCAAGUAGCUUGCCAUAUUUACGAAAUAUUAGCAGUGAUUUAGAUGAUGGAGCAGCAUUUAAACGACUUUUGGUCACGGAGAAGGCGUUGUUUCAAAACAACUAUCCCCAAGUUGUGUUGGCCCAUGCUGGCAGUAGCAUGGCGUGUAAUUAUGAUCUUAUAUUAAAAAAAUUUGAUGGAUGUGCCAUUCCAGUGCUCAUGGGACCAUCAGUAUCGGGAAAGACUACCGCCUUGAAAGCUGUAAUGAGUAUAUUUGGCAUACGAAAAUUUACGUGUGAACUUGGGAAGAGGAAUGAUAAAAGUGGGACAAAAGUGCAAACCAUUCUUGACAACGACAGUGUUUUGACAAAUGUAGAAACCAUUCUUGACAACGACAGUGUCUUGCCAAAUACACAAACCAUUCUUGACAACGACAGUGUCUUGACAAAUGUAGAAACCAUUCUUGACAACGACAGUGUCUUGCCAAAUGCACAAACCAUUCUUGACAACGACAGUGUUUUGACAAAUGUAGAAACUAUUCUUGACAACGACAGUGUUUUGACAAAUACACAAACCAUUCUUGACAACGACAGUGUCUUGACAAAUGUAGAAACUAUUCUUGACAACGACAGUGUUUUGACAAAUACACAAACCAUUCUUGACAACGACAGUGUCUUGACAAAUGUAGAAACUAUUUUUGACAACGACAGUGUUUUGACAAAUGCAGAAACUAUUCUUGACAACGACAGUGUCUUGCCAAAUACACAAACCAUUCUUGACAACGACAGUGUUUUGACAAAUGUAGAAACCAUUCUUGACAACGACAGUGUCUUGACAAAUGUAGAAACCAUUCUUGACAACGACAGUGUUUUGACAAAUACACAAACCAUUCUUGACAACGACAGUGUCUUGACAAAUGUACAAACCAUCUUUGACAAGGGUGCCUUGGCAAAUACACAAAAAACAGUUGAAAAUGACGUUCAAAACCUUAAAAGCAAAGACAGCAAAGGUGGUAAAAGAAAACGGAGAAUGGCAGAUGGUUUGUUCGAUAAAUUGCACAGUGGACUCAAAGAUAAACGUACACGAAAUGGUAAAUAAGGUUAAUUACAUCGAUGGAGCCGGAGUGUUAACUGCAUGGUGUUGCUGUAGUACUUGUGGACUACGUGAUCUGGCAAAGUUGUUAAACAUUAUUUAAUAUGUUUUUGUGUUGAAAUUUGGUUGGCAUAUAUGGGCGAACAUAAUUAGAGUGUUAAAUGCUGAACGCAAAUAGCGACGAGAUAUUACAUACUUCAUUAUAAGUUGCUUCAUGCAAUCUUAACAAUAUGUCAAUGUUAGCAUAUGUCUUGAUAUAAAAAACAAUAAUCAAUAAAGUACUUGAGUUUUAACAUCAACAU